CAUGCUGUAGGUGUCCAUCGUCCCUGAGGAGAAAAUACAUAAGACACCUCCCUCCCCUCAUAUUUAACACCCGCCUCAUGAAUUCUCAAGCCUAAAUUCUACAUUCUGAGGGAGAGAGUAAGACUAAAGAGAGAGGGGGACUGUACUGUACAUUAACUGUCUGUAUGGUGCAGACUCUAUAACACUGUCAUGGCUAGGGCUAGGGUCAGGCAUGCAGGAGUCUGCCUGCUGCUUCUGCUGAUCGUGGCACUGGUUAUCAGUGCUGACGCAGAAGCAGAGAUGCGAAGAAAGAAUCUCAGGAGACAGAAGAGAGAAUGGAUCCUGCCUCCUGCCAAAAUCUACGAGAAUACAGACUACACACAAAGAGAGUACAUUGCCAAGAUCCGCUCUGAUAAGGACAAAGAGGCAAAGGUGGAGUAUUACCUGGCAGGGAAGGGGGCUGACAAACCCCCCUUUAACCUCUUUAUUGUCAACCCCGAGAAUGGCUUUGUACGCAUCACUGGCAUCCUGGAUCGGGAGAAAUGUCCCAUGUACAACUUGACUGGAGUGGCCAGGUACAGAAACGGGACCUUGGCGGAAGCAAAUAUUCCUCUGCAGAUUCAUGUCAUUGAUCUGAACGAUAACUCACCUUACUUUGAGCUGCACUCUGGGUCCAUCGCAGAGUCCAGCAAAGCAGGCACAGAAAUCAUGCAGAUCAUUGGGAAAGAUGACGAUCAGGAGGGGAGCAUCAACUCUAAGAUCCAUUACAAGAUCAUCAGCCAGAAACCAGCAGGGUCCGGAGCCAUGUUCACCAUCGAUGAGAAUACAGGGAAACUCUUCGUCAAGGAUGCCACACUGGACAGAGAGACUCACGAUUCGUACACUAUAAUCGUCCAAGGGACAGAUAUGGGCGGGGCAGCUGGAGGCAACACGGGAACAGGAACUGUGGAAAUAAAGGUCCUGGACAUCAAUGACAACGUCCCCACACUGGAGAAGGGGCAGUAUGCAGGGAAAGUUGACGAGAACAUUGCUGAUGUCAUUGUGAUGAGGAUCAAAACAGUGGACAGAGAUCUAGAACACACAGAUAACUGGCGGGCCGUCUUUCACAUCACCCAAGGCAACGAGGACGGACGCUUCUCCAUCGAGACGGACCAAGACACCAACGAAGGCAUUCUGAAGCUGAUCAAGGCAGUAGAUUUCGAGGAAGUCCAGAAAUUAGAACUUGGAAUAGUCAUUGAGAACGUAGCUCCUUUUGUUGUAGGGGGUGCUGUAGCGAUGGAUGUGGAUGUUAAUGCUGGGGAGGGGCGAGGGCCGGGAGCUGGAGCUGGCGCUGGGGCAGGGGCUGGAGCUGGUGUUGAUGUAGGAGUGGGUGUUGGUGUAGAUGUUGGGGGAGAUGUGGGGGUGAAUGCAGGGGUGGAUGUGAAUGUAGAUGCUGGAGCUGGGCCCGGGGUAGGUGUUGGGGCUGGGGUUAAACCAGGAGUUGGGCCUGGGGUUAAGCCUGAUCCCAAUGGGAAGCCGAAACCAAAGCCAACACCUAAAGGGGGGAAGACCUACCCGAUUUCGAUCGUAGUUAACAACAUGCCGGAAGGUCCAGCAUUUAAGCCCAGCACCAAGCCUGUGCCUGUCUCUGAGGAUCCCAACAAAAUGCCGAAGGAUGGAGUGAUCGCCUCGUACCCUGCUGUGGACGGAGAUACAGGGGAGCCUGCUGAGGACGUCAGGUAUGCCAAAGCCUAUGACCCAGACAACUGGGUGACCAUCGAUGACAAGACAGCUGAGAUAAGACUUAUCAAGACGCCAGAUCGAGAGUCUAAGUUCUUGGUGAAUGGGACAUACUUUGCCAAGAUACUCGUCAUUACCCAAGAUAUGCCCUCUAAGACAGCCACGGGCACCAUAGCCAUCCAGGUCCAAGACUCCAACGACCACUGCCCCAUGCUGGCUACUACCUAUGAGAGCGUGUGCUCAGGAAAACAUACGGUCAACGCCACUGCGUUCGACGAGGAUGUCUCGCCCAAUGGAGCUCCGUUCACCUUCACCGUGGUGGCUGAGGGGACACGUGGCAAAUGGGAAAUAGAACACAUCAAUGGCACGACGGCUGUCUUGCGAUCUACUGAUGCGUUGUGGCCGGGUGAGUAUGAGGUGAGGGUGGUGGUAGCAGACGAGCAGGGCCUGUCCUGCCCAGAGCCACAGGUGUUCAAGGUGGAGGUAUGUACCUGUUUGGAGGGAGAAGACUGUGGCUCCAGGACUAUCAGUUUACGCCAAAAGACCACCGAUGCCAAAAUUGGUACCCCCGCCAUCGGACUGCUCAUCUUAGCCAGCUGUGUUCUGCUACUGGUACCUCUGCUGCUGCUGUUCUGUCAGUGUAGAGGAGCCUUCGCUAACCAGUUCACUGACCUGCCGUUCGAUGCCAAGGAAUACCUCAUAUCCUACCACACUGAGGGAAAGGGAGAGGAUAAGGAGGUGCCCCUACUCAGUAUUCCUACGACCGUAACUGAUGGAAGGGCUGCACUAGGAACAGAAUCAAUUCAGCAAGCAAACAUCGCCACAAAAUCCUCACAUAAUACUACAAACAAUAUACGUCAGAGCAGUGGGGUCUCCAGUGAGGACAUGCAUACACUGCGUCGGGAACAGAGCCACAGGCCCAUGGGUAUGGAGAUGGACUACACCUAUGGACUCCAGAAUGGUGGAGGCGUUGAGGCUAAUAUGGGGCUGGGAAGCAGCACCAUGCAUUCCAGAUACGCCACACACACCUCACAUGUCAAACAAGACAUCUAUGAGGACAUGGCACUCCCAUGUGCUUUCCUGGAUGGCUACUACUCACAGAAAGUGGCAUGUGCAUCUCAGAACCCUCCACUGAAAGACAGUCAGUUGGUGUAUGACUACGAGGGCCAGGGCUCUCCUGUGGGCUCGGUGGGAUGCUGCAGCCUCCUGGAAUCUGACUACGACCUCCAGUUCCUCAAUGACCUGGGGCCAAAGUUCAAGACCCUGGCUGACAUCUGCUCUCCUCCAAAACCUCAACCCAAACCCAGAAUGGUGGAGCGCAUCUUAGAGCCAAAACAACCUGAAAUCAAAAGAGAGAGCAUCGUCACCGCCAGCAAUGUCAACAUCACCAAAUCUUCCGUUAGAAAUGUCAAUAUCAACCAAUCGUCCACCAGCACCAGCAGAGUCAAUAUCUCCCAAACACCUCCCACCAGUCCCUCUGCCACUGGGGUUAGUAACUUCUCUAACAGUCAGUCCGCCACUUUCCCACCGCCCCCUACCCAGACGAUUCUGCUGCAGCAACAGCCUAUGUACUACACCACCAUGCAGCCCGUGGUGCAGCCCCUGAUGCAACCCAUACAGUAUGUACUGGCUGAUGGCGCCUCUACUACCAAUCUAAAGCGUAUUGUAGUGCUCAACAGUCCCCCUGUGUCUGGAAGCAUGGGAAGUCUGGGAGGCCUUGUCAUCCAAGGCAACAGGGUUAUAUCAGAGACCUCCACUAGCCCCAUCAGUCCCAGUAGCCCAGGAAGCCCCACCAUGCUGGGGCUGGGUAGUCCCAGAAGUCCUGGGUGGAUCCAAGGCUCCCAACCCAGAGGUGGCCUGGGUGGUCUGUCUGUAGUGGGGCACAGCCCUGAUGGUAAUUAUGUUUACAUGGAAAGGCAGGUUAAUGUAAGUGGAGAGCCACAGGUGGGGUCUGGGGUCCCAGGUGUACCUUCUCAGGGCAGUUUGCCCAGGGGUGCGUUCCUGGUGAAGGAGGCUGCUCCCCCUCAGGGGGAUUUUAGGCCUGGCAGCCCAGGGUGUGGGUGGGGGUGGUGGAGGUGUGUAUGGCGUUAUGCCAGGACACACCUUUACAAGGGUGAGGCAGGUUGGGGGUGGGCCUAUUGGGGUUGGGCUGGCUGGAAUGGGGCCAGGGAGGGUAGGGCAGAUAGUUAUAGGAUCGCAGGAACUCCCAAUGUGGGUGCCACAGAGCCCCCCAGGGGGUCGCUGUGGACAGAGGGAGGGGGCAGCGCCAACAGGUGAAUCUCAACCAACUCCGGUUACUGUUGAAAUACCAGAGUCAUUUGAGUCAGUGGCAGAGAUUGAGAGGAAACUGGUGUUUGAGGGCCAUAGUGAAUCAGGUGAGCAAAUAGAGGAGGAGGAAGAGGAGGAAGAGGAAGAGGAGGAGGACGAAGAAGAGGAACAGCAGGAGGAAGAGAACGAGGAGGAGGAAGAGGAGCCUUUAGAACAGACAAAAGAAACAGCUGUGACUGAGGAAGAACCCGUAACUUUAGCUUUGGCCUCAGAGCCAUCAACAGAACAGGUUGAGCCAUCUGAGUCACUAGAACACAAACUAACAGACCAAUCCAUUGAGUCAAGCCAUCCAACAGAGGAAGAUACAUCAACUCAAUUAAAUGAAGUCUCUGGAGCUCUCAAUGAAGAAGGCCUAGUUGACUCUGAGGACCAGCUGUCCGAUGAGGAUGUGUCCAUGGUAGUCGAGGCCUCCUCAGAAGAAGCUUCCAUGUCCGAAUCAGACAUUAUAGAUUUAGUUGGUACAGAUCAGCCAACCGAGGAUGAAGACUUUAUAGAUCUAGUUGGUACAGAUCAGUCAGCCGAG